CAAAAAUAAAUUAAUUUGAAGUGGGAAUGAGCAAGGGAACCUAUUUAACCGUAUUUGCCGUUUAUACUUGAAUGGGUUUAGCCCAGACCCAGACCCCCAUUUGAGCGAUUUCUCUAAACAAGUUCCGUCUUUGAAAUUACUUGUAUCAGUUUAGAUUCAUAGACCGCCGAGAUCAUAGUGAAAGUACUUGUCGCUGUCGCGUCUUCAUUCAAGUUUUUACCGAAUUAAACCUAUCAUGGGUUCGUGGCCAGAUGAUGUUGGAAUUGUUGCAAUAGAACUCACCAUCCCUUCACUGUAUGUGGACCAAGAAGAAUUAGAAAAGUACGAUGGGGUAUCUUCUGGUAAAUAUACCGUAGGAUUAGGACAGAAGGCUAUGGGAGUAUGUACAGAUAGGGAAGAUGUUAACUCUUUGUGCCUCACAGUUGUUCAUAAGUUACUCGAAAAGAAUCAUAUUGAUUAUUCAGACAUUGGAAGAUUAGAAGUUGGUACAGAAACAAUCAUCGAUAAGUCUAAGAGUGUUAAAAGUGUUCUUAUGCAGUUAUUCGAACCACAUGGUGUGACUGAUAUAGAAGGUAUUGAUACAACAAAUGCCUGUUUUGGAGGAACUGCAGCGCUCUUCAAUGCAAUUUCUUGGGUGGAAUCAUCUGCUUGGAAUGGAAAAUAUGCCUUGGUAGUUGCUGCUGAUAUAGCAGUUUAUGCUAAAGGUGCUGCAAGACCAACUGGAGGAGCUGGAGCAGUUGCUAUGUUAAUUGGCCCAAAUGCGCCUUUAGUUUUCGAUAGGGGACUUAGGGCUGUCCAUAUGAGACAUGUUUACGACUUUUACAAACCAGAUCUGUCGUCAGAAUAUCCUGUAGUGGACAGUAAGUUAUCCAUUCAGUGUUAUUUGAGUGCUUUAGAUAAAUGUUAUCAAACUUAUUGUGAGAAAGCAUCUAAAUUUUUCCAGAAGAAAAUUGAUUUGUCAUUUUUUGAUGCAAUUCUAUUUCACACCCCAUAUUGUAAACUAGUUCAAAAAUCUCUGGCUCGGUUAUAUUUGAAUGAUUUUUACUUGGCUUCUCUGGAGCAGAAAGAACUCAAGUAUCCAGAAUUGAAAAGUUUGCAAAACAUUGUCUUAGAAAAAACUUAUUUCGAUAAGGAUGUAGAAAAGGCUGUAAUGAAUAGUAGUAAAGAAUUAUUCUCUACCAAAACUUCCCCUUCGCUACUUAUAGCAUCACAAGUUGGUAACAUGUACACUCCAUCGCUUUAUGGGGGUUUAGUGUCUCUCUUGGUAUCAAAAAACCCAGCUGAACUAGCUGGUAAGAGGGUUGGGUUGUUUUCCUAUGGAUCAGGGCUGGCUUCAGCCUUUUAUUCUUUAAAAAUUUCAGAAGAUGGGAAUAAUGGGACAGCAUUACAAAAACUGAUAUCAAAUUUAACUUCUGUUAAAAUUAAUUUGCAUCAAAGGCAAAAAAUUGAACCUCAAGAAUUUGAGAAAUUUAUGGAUAUUAGACAGAAAAGUAAUCAUUCUGCUCCAUAUGAACCAUUAGGUUCUAUAGAAAGCUUUUUUCCUGGAACUUACUAUCUGACCAAAAUAGAUGAAAAAUACAGAAGGUCUUAUGACAGAGUACCGAAUGCAAUGAAUGGCCAUGCCCAUUGAACAGACCUUCAUGAUUAUGUGAUAGUAAAUAUAAUAGAAUUGGAGUUGGAUGCAAACAAUACCAUUUUUUCCACUAAGUGGAGCAAAGAUCAUUUGUAACUUAAUGUAUAUGGAAUCAUAUACAGAAAAUAAUCACAGUAUUUACAGUUGAAUAAUUAUGUGUCAAUCAGAAGUACAAUAAUAUCUAGAUUGAAAGACUAGACUUGUCCCAACUUUUUCGAAUUUUCUUGUUUCAAUAUUCCUUCCUCUACUACAAAAUUUUUGUCAUAAACAUUGUCAGGAUAAUGUAUUGGGACAGUAAGAGUGAACUGAAUAAAUGUAUGCCUAUUUCAAUCUAUUGUUCAUGAUUAAUCAUUUUUCAACAAGAAAUCCAAACUAGAAAUAUAGAACCUGUCAGCUUUAUUUUAAUCAAAAACGGUCGGAAUUUUAUUGGAAGAGGGCUGAAAUAGUUUGUUAGUUUUCAUGAAGUAUAUGCUUCUCUUUUCAUUGUCUACUAUGAAGAAAACAUCAUUUGGGUAGUUAUAUUUUGAUGCUGAUGAAAAUUUUCUCGAUUAAAUUAGGUAGUCACCAUAGCUAGGUAUAUGGUAUAUAGAAAAAGUUUUGGCGGAAGGCAAUUUUUUGCAGAUAUUUCCUGUUUUGAAAUGGAAAAUUAGUUAAAUUUAUUUUUGUUGACGGCAAAAUAGAUAUACUGUAAAAUAUAACAAGUUUUAUUUCGAACAAUAUAUUCCUUCUUAUAAAAUUAGUCUUGAGAUUCUGAUAAUACUGAUUUCAUUAUUUUAUUCAUUAAUGAGGAAGAUGAACAAUGGCAGCACAGCACAAUUAAUAUUGAAAGUGUUACUGAUCAAAAGAAAGCAUGUUCAUUGCUGUAUUAUACUUCUAGAAACUUAUUUGUUGGGUUGAGAUUGAGAUAUUAGCUCUUUUGUGCUCUGAUUAAUAGAAUUAGCAAUUAUUUAUUACAAUUUCAUAUUUGCUCCAUUUCACCUGUAAUCAUCAACAUUGUGCUGGUUUCUUUUGAAACUAAUUAGAGAAUCUUGGUUGAAGCUACAUUUUUAUCAAUUGGAGAUUGAAGUUUCUGUUUAAUUAUAUUUGUGUUAAUUUCAAAAUGUAUCGAGGAUCAAGAAUGCAAUAACCAUGUUUCUGAGAAUAAUUGAGAAGAUUGAUUUUAUUCUACACAAGUAUUCCCAUAAUCAAUAAAAACGAGGUAUUAUUUUGGUCUAUAUUUUAAUUUUUUUUCCCAGUUAUACUUUAUUGAAUGUAAAACUUUUCGAAGGGCAUUAUGAUGUCAUCCAGAAUGAUAUGUGAAUGAACCAUUUCUUGGGUUGAAUAAGUAAACUAUUUUUUCUUCUUGAAAUGAAGAAUCAUUUCACCCUCAAGUGCCUUUAGAAUUAAUUCUAAUUGAUUGUUUUCCUUUUAAAUAUCAAUAUUCUUAUUUCAUGCUGAUUUAUUAGGUAAUUUAUUAUUCAAUAAAUUAUUUCAAUUUAA